CCAAGCACCAUGUGAGCGUAUUUCCCGCUCCCCGUUAAUGGUUUCACAUACCACGUCGGUCCAUAUAUUCCUAAUAUGAUCAAAAUCUAGAGGAAUUAAUUCAUAUUUCAUAUUCAUAAUUCUGAUAAAUUAUGAAAUAAAAACCUGCUAUUCGAAGAUUUAUCUGAGCUGGACACGUACAUUUUAAUUAAAUUCAUCAGAUUUAAUAGCUGAGAUCAAAUAUUUUUAUCUGUUAAGAAAGGUACUCGUUUGCUAAGUGACCAAAUUCGAUUUCGCGGCCAGUUAUCAAGACAAUACACUUUAAUUGUAAAUUAAAGAACAUUUACCAUUGGGAAGUGAAUUUCUUCGCAUUUUAUUUCUUUUUAAAUUAUUUACAAAAUGUAAGGUGGUAUAGCGGGGAAAACUACAACGGUACUUACAUCAAGCUAGAACUCGGUAGUGGGGACACAAAUAUACUGUGAGCCAUACCAUCCUGCGGACUAUUAUUAACAAAUAGUAUUAAAAUUAUAUGUUUAAUCAUGUCUAGUAAACAGAAUGUUAAUGAAUGUACAAUAUAUACCCAAAUGAUGAACUUAAAAGUGAAAACACUUUUAAAUAUAUUUUUAUAUUCUAUAACGGGUCCAAUAAUUUUAUAUUGUUUCUUAUCCUUUUUAUACUACCAUGAAAACUUAAGAAAUACGCAAUUAAGUACGGCAGAAAUAAAAGAAAAGAAUCCAUUAUAUCGAGUAUACACGAAAAGUAACGAUACUGAAUAUUUAAAACAUGUAUUUCUUGUAUUGGAACGUUUGGGAUUUAAACAAACUAAUGAUGCAUUUAAUUGGGAUUUAUUGUGGGCACAUGACUACCCAUUUAGAAGUUUAAGUUCUAGCUUAAAGAAGUUAAAAGCUCAUCAACGUGUUAAUCAUAUUCCCGGUUGCGGAUAUAUUACUAAUAAGGUGGAUUUAUCAACCGCGGAAGGUCGCUACAUUUUACCAGCAUUUAAGAUACCAGAACAAAGCAACGAAUUUUUUUUGUAUGCUAAUCAGCAUCCAGAAAAGAUGUUUGUACAAAAAUCGAAUGAUCAUCGGGGUAUUAGCAUAAAAAAUGUGAGCGAUAUAAAUGUUACAGAAACUGGAUCUUUUGUACAAGAAUUUAUACAGCGACCAUUUCUCAUAGAUGGAUAUAAAUUUGAUAUUGGAAUAUACACCGUGAUCACCUCCGUUGAUCCCCUUAGAGUAUAUAUAUACAAAGGUGAUGUGCUCUUUAGAUUUUGUCCUGUAAAAUAUUAUCCAUUUGACCCUGAAGUUUUAGACAAAUACAUAGUUGGCGAUGAUUACUUGCCGAUUUGGAAUGUUCCAUCUUUGAAACAUUAUUAUACUAAAUUGAAGUUUUCAAUGAAAGAUUCGUUCGACGCAUAUGUACGUAUGCAAGCGAAAGAUCCUGAAAAAGUUUGGAGUGGUGUACGCGAAGCAAUCAGAGAAAUUACUUUGUCAAAAGAGAUUUAUAUUAAAGAAGCUAUAAAACGUUUCGGAAAUGGAAGAAAUUUUUUCGAGUUAAUUAGAGUCGAUUUUGCACUCGAUGAAAAUUUAAAUGUUUAUACCAUGGAGGCAAAUAUGUCUCCAAAUUUAUCUUCAGCGCAUUAUCUGCCAAACCAAUUACUUUACGAACAAGUUAUAUUUAACUUAUUUUCGUUAGUUGGUAUAGGGCAAAGAAUCAGGAAAGAUUCUUUGAAAAUAAGGAACAGAAUGGAGGAAGAAAUGGAAGUAGCUGAGAAGAAUAUAAUGGUUUUGCCAGAACUUUGCAUAGAAUGUAAUGACUGUUUUCGUGUAGAAUGUCAGUUAUGUAGCCCAUGUUUCACACCUGAAACUAAAUUGAUUUUAUCUCAAAGUUAUUUGGAAAAUCAGAAUAAAAUGGAUUUUCAAAGAAUCUUUCCACCUCCCAUAACAAAAGAUAUGAUAUUAAAAGAUUACGCAAUAAAAAAUCAAUUACUUGUCAGAUGGUAUCAAGGCAAGUGUGAAUUAGAUCAUUCAUGGUGUUCAUAACUACAUUUUUUAAAAAUUUAUUCCUUCAUAAAUAAGUACAAAAUAAACAAGGCCACUACAUGUAUAUAAAACAAUUUGCUCUACUGGCAAUGUACAAUUAUUAAUACAUAAUAUUUUGUAUAAAAU